UGUGAAGGUGGCAAUGCCAGUGGUGUGUCAAACCUCACACUUCAGCAGACCAAAAGUAGUUCGGAUCUGUGAUUGCGUUUUGUUUAGAUGUAAGUCGAAUCUUACAACUAAUCGGUUGACGCUGGCCUUGUAAUUGCAAACAUCAAAAAUCGGAGUAGUUCUCGACUCAACCUCUUCGUCGUACAUUCCCACACUGCAUCAAAAAAUGGACGGCAAGCGAAAAACUGAGUUUGUGGAAUUCUGCUUGACCCAGCAGGCGCUGAAAUUUGGAUCGUUCACGCUGAAAUCUGGCCGGCAGUCCCCGUUUUUCUUCAACGCUGGCAGCUUCAACUCCGGCACUUCGGUUGGCGAACUUGGGGAGUUUUACGCCGACGCACUCGUGUCCUCCGGCCUGGAGUUUGACCAUUUGUUCGGACCGGCGUACAAGGGCAUUCCACUGGUCACCGCGACCGCGAUAGGUUUGAGGGGGCACAAGAAGGACAUCCCCUUCACGUUCAAUCGAAAAGUAGAGAAGGACCACGGCGAGGGCGGCGUCUUCGUCGGCGCGGACUUGGCAAACAAAAAAGUCAUCAUCGUCGACGACGUCAUCACGGCCGGCACCGCGAUUCGCGAGUCCCUGACACUGCUGGAGAAGAUACCCGGUUGUACCGUGGUUGGCGUUCUGGUAGCACUGGAUCGCCAGGAAAAGGUUUCCCUAGAGGAGAACUUGUCCGCGAUACAGAAGGUAUUUUUUGAUGCUUAUGGUCUUUAUGUUUUUUUUGCAUGGAAAGGUUUUUCUUUUUGGAAAUGACGCCGCAGAAGUACUUGCCAUGCGCUAAGAAAGAACAACAUCACAGGUCGAGCAGGAAUUCAAAUUCCCCGUAAUCAGCAUCAUCCAGCUUGGGGACUUGCAGCUUUAUCUCAAAGACAAAGGCGAUCCACUUUUGGACGCCGUCGUGCAGUAUCGUGAACAGUACGGUGUAAACUGAAACUAACUGUGCGACAACUCCGCAACCUGUCAUGUAUGUAAGUUUCCAUCUCAACUUUCUGAU